AUGAAGACGCGCGGCGUCGUUCUCCUCGCCUACGCGUUGCGUACCGCGGCCGCCGACGACCGCGCCACGCACGAGCUGACGGUGGCCGGCGAGCGGCGGCUGGCGCUCCCGAUCGUGAACUCGUCGGGCGCCAUGAACCUGAUGGGCCAGGGGCGCAUGCAGUACACCUACCUGAGUCCCCGCCCGUUCAACUUUAGGGAGCACGACAACCCCUGGAUCCUCCUGUGCGGCGACAUCGAGAUCUACGACCUGAGCUCGUCGGACCUGACGGCGGCGUUCCUCCACUUCGACCCCGCGACGUGGAAGGACGACGCGCUGCGGUACCCGGGCACGGUCCCCGAGGUCCACGGCAGCUACGACGAGCGGAGCCGCACCAUGACGCUCGAGGCCACGGGCGGCGAGCUGUGUGGAAAUCAAAAUUUUACGGCGCGUUCGUGGUGCUGAAUCAUCGCGUCGUCCUCCACGCCAUCGACGCGACGCCUGCUCGAUGGCGUGACGAUGCCGGUUCCUUACCGCUCGACCGAGCCAGGACGGCCGCGUCAUCGCCGAGAAAUGACUUAGUGCACCCGAAACACUGGUUGAUUUCCACGCAGGCGGCGAGCUGCGGCGGCACAACCGGGAGGCGAAGAUCACGCACUUCCGCGACGCGCUGCGGACCGUGCUCUACAAGGCCUCGGAGGCGCUGUCCGUCCGGGACGUCGGUGUUCGGUGUUGUAUUUGUCUUCGAUUUGUGGCGCAGCGUCGACGGCGCCACGCGUCGAGAGGGCGCGGCGUCGGCGAUGGCGUCGGCGCGGCGCCGUCGCUCUGUCGCCGCGCUCGCGUUCGAGAGGCGACGCCAUCGACGCGACUCACCCUUCGCUCUUCACAGGUCCCGAACGUGCACCAGCGCCUCGUCUGGAUAUCGCUCGAGGACGCCGAGGGCAACCGGGGCGCCGCCUUCGCGAUCAACAUCACGCUCUCGACGGCCUCGACGGUCCUGACGGACCGGACCACGACGCGGCACGGGAGGUAAGUCGCAUGUUUGUACUAGUCGCGGUAUGGUAUGAACACACUCGCUUACACGGGGGGUCCGUGGUAGGAAAA